AUGCAGUACGUCCGCAGCCUCGGAGGCUCGGUCUCCAAGACAUGGAAUUCAAUCAACCCGGCCACCCUCAGCGGGGCCAUUGAUGUCAUUGUCAUUGAGCAAGAAGAUGGUACACUCGCAUGUUCGCCCUUUCAUGUCCGAUUUGGCAAGUUUUCGCUUUUGCGGCCCUUCGAGAAGAAAGUCGAGUUCAAGGUGAACGGAAUCCAGCAACAAUAUGCCAUGAAACUGGGAGAAGGAGGCGAGGCAUUCUUUGUGUUCGAAACUACCGAUGAAAUCCCGGCAUCGCUACAAACCUCGCCCUUGGUGUCUCCUGCAGCCAGUCCAAGGCCCCAGAGCGAGCCGGAUCUUCCGCCUUCACUGCAGGAACCCGAUUUCUUUGAUCUGGAUAAAGGGAACGAUGCAUUGUCAGAGGGAGCAAAGACACCCCCGGCGAUGGCGAUGCAGACAAAGAUGCGAGCAAACACCGAUCUAGGUACAAACUACUGUCCCUUUCCCGAUUUAAGUCCAUCGUCACUGACCGAGACUCUAGGAACGAUCACUCCACUAUCACAAUCUCCGGAUGAAUCCAACCUCUCCCACUCUAGAAACAGCUCGCUCGGUACUAAACCACGGCUGGAUCAUUCGCUUUCAGACAACGUGAUCCCACUCACCUCACCCCGGCACUCUGUAACCGGUCAAUCAACAAACAGCGAUGAGGAGACACCGGGAGCUGAGGCUGGAGCGGAUCGCUCCCGUAGUCCACCUCCUAUGUCUCCAGAGGAGGCAGUAUCACGAGCCCAAGCGUUGUCAAAGAAGCUCUCUGGCUCUAACAUCCCAUCCCACGUUACCGAGACGGGUGAUCUGAUGCUGGAUAUGACUGGCUACAAAAGCAACGACGAAGAUGCGCUUCGCGCGGAGGUUGUUGCGCGUAAGAUCCUCGCAGAGGAGCUUGAAGGGAGCUAUGAUAUUGGAGCGUUGAUCGGAGCCGACGAGCAUGGCAACCUCUGGAUCUACAGCAGCGAGGAAUCCAAGGAGUUGGCAGACCGGAGAGCUACUCUCAAUUCUAUGCGUCCAAACACUGCGCUAAGUGAUGAUGCUAUCUCCGACCCGGGAUAUCACAGCGAUGGCACCCAUCCCGUUUCAGAGCCCUCCUUGACUACCCGUCACCACCGGACCAAAUCAGAUGUCCAACCUGGAUUCCCCACACCCCCGCACUCGCCUUUGCAUGAUUCAUUCGAGGUUGAAACUCGCAAUUAUGCCAAGACUCUCCGCUUGACCAGCGAUCAGUUGAAGGCAUUACAGCUUAAGCCUGGAGCCAACACAAUGUCCUUCAGUGUCAACCGAGCAAUCUGUACCGCAAACAUGUACUUGUGGAACGGAAAUACCCCUAUUGUGAUUUCCGAUAUUGACGGAACGAUUACCAAGUCCGAUGCGCUGGGCCAUGUUCUCAAUAUGAUCGGUCGUGACUGGACGCACGCAGGUGUCGCCAAACUGUACACCGAUAUCGUCAACAAUGGAUACAACAUCAUGUAUCUGACUAGUCGCUCCGUCGGCCAAACAGAUACCACACGUGCCUAUCUGAAUGGUAUUUGUCAAGAUGGAUACAGACUCCCACGAGGCCCAGUCAUCUGUAGCCCAGAUCGCACGAUGGCGGCUCUCAGGCGAGAGAUUUACCUGAGGAAACCCGAGGUUUUCAAGAUGGCAUGCCUUCGAGAUAUCUUGAAUCUCUUCUGUGGCAAAGAGAACCCAUUCUAUGCGGGCUUCGGAAAUCGAUUGACUGACGCGCUGAGCUAUCGCUCCGUGAAUAUUCCGUCUACUCGGAUCUUCACAAUCAAUUCAAAUGCUGAAGUCUCGUUGGAUUUGCUCAGUCUCAACAAAUAUAAGAGCAGCUACGUGACGAUGCAAGAACUUCUUGAUCAUUUCUUCCCACCAACCAGUCUGCUGGUGCAGUCUGGAGGCGAAGAAUAUACCGAUUUCACAUACUGGAGAGAUACCCCUCAGGAGCUCGAUGAUUUCUCCACGACAGACAGCGAAGAUGAGGAUGAGGACGAUGACGUCGACGAGGAUGAAGGUGACGAUGAGUACGACGACGAACUGAGUGACGGCGAGGGUAGUGAAUAUCCCGAUGAAGCCGACGGUGACGACGAAGACCUCGGCGCAAGCUAUAUGUCCCAAGACUCGGUGGCCGUGUCCAACCCAGCAGGCUCAAUCAUCGAGUCCGUCGAAGGUGACGUCGUCGCCGAGGAGGCCAUCGGCGAAGAAGAACUCUCUCCCAUUACCGAACAACCCCUCGAAGCAACUGAGCUUUCAACAAAUUCUCUCCCCAUCCGAUCGAAAUUGCCUCAGAGUUCCUGA